GAACAGGCGGGAGGACGAGAAAGAGCCCAGCUAAACGGUCUCUAAAUAUGCUUUAACAGUAUACAAUAGCCGUUGUCACACAGCCAUUUGUUUUUUGAGGUCUAUUUUGUCUGCUGGAAUUCGAUGAAGCGUUGUGUCCACUGGUUUUUAUUUAACAAAAAGAGUGUAAACUAGCCCGGCGGACAAAGAUGAGCCUGGUCGUUUCUCAACAGCAGACUGAGGCGCUCCCAGCUUUGGCCCAAACCGCAAAAGAGAGUGAUUCAGACAGCGGGAUGGGUUCUCCGCCAGAGGAGGUGGACCAGGAGACAUCUAACAACAAAGAAGAGCUUCCAGAUUCUGAUGAGGAUGAAGACAUCACGGUUCACAGGAAGCCUCACCGUAACGCCAUUAGAGACAGUGACAGUGACGACGACGACGAGGAGGAGAACAACAACAACAACAACAACAGUGCACACAUGGCCGAAACGCUGCACUUAUCUGCUUCCAGCGGGGAGGAGAUGGAGGCGGGAACGGCUCAAGAGAAGGAUGAGAGGAAAGACGGGGGGGAGCAGAAGAAGAGCAAGAGAAUAAGCCACGCUCCCAUUGACAGUGAAGACAGCGAGCUGGAGCAAGCACACAGUGGAGGAAUGGAGGAGCAACAGGAGGUGGUGAGGAAGGAGGCAAAUUUAAUGAAAGAAGGGAAGAAGAGGGAGAAGAGCCAGAGGCACCGGGAGAAGAAGGAGAAACGGAGCAAAGCUGUGGAAAAACUGAAGAAGAAGAAGGCAAGGCUCUCUGAAAAUAAUGAGAACAUGGGUCUUCCUCGUGCUCUGAAUGACAGUGGGUGUCUGCUGGGCGACACAGACCUGUUUGACACUGGUUUGGGCGACGAGGACAAGGAGGAAGAGUCUCUGGAGGCCAUCCGAGCUGCUGUCAAACAAAAGAUGAAAAAACACAAGGAUCAGGUCUUGGAUGAUGAGGAAGAGGAAGAUGAAGAUGCAGCAGAGAAACCCCAGCGUGUGGAGAGGAAAGCUGCGCGCGCCAGCAAAGAGGCAAUGAGGCAGCUCCACAGCGAGUCACAGAGGCUGGUCAGAGAGUCAACACUUGGCCUGCCCUACCACCUCCCUGAGCCGAAGACCAUCGACCAGUUCUUUAAAAAGAGAACUAGGCCAGAGGGUCCUGCCAUGGCGUUGUUGAAAUCCACAAAGUAUACAGCCAUGAUGUUGGAGACGCCGUCGGCUCCUCCCCCGAGUGAGCCUCCUCAGCCAUCUGCCGUUCAGGACUCCUCUUCCUCUCUAGAUCUGUCUUCCAAUCCGAUCCACCCCAUACCUCAGCCCGCCGCCACCUCGUCCCCGCAGCAGGAGAGCCCCACAAAGGCCCAAGAGGCAACAGCUAUCCCAGAUUCCGACCUGGAAUCUGGGCCGAUGCUUUACCUCUCCGAGAGUCUGCAGGAUACCGACACCGAAUUUGCAGCGUCUAGACCUGAUUCUGGAGAGGAGACUGCUGCGGCACCCUUGGAGCAGAAGAAGCCUGUGUCCGGCACUUCAGGGGAGCCUUUAGCCACCCAGUGUGGGGGCUCUGAUCUGGGUACAGCGGAGCCUGCAGUGCGGCGACCCACCAAAUCCAAGGAGGACAAAUUGGCCCGACUGAGGAGACUUGGGCUGAACCCCCCGCCUGUCGCUAGGUUGUGUCCAGGUGAUGGAGCGUUCAUUGAGCUCGAACCUCCACCGCUCAACCAAGGCGUGGUGGCCCUGAAGGAGCGUUACCUCCGCCACGUCAAGGCACCCACUCGCCCUCAGGGUGAGCGAACCAUGCAGCUCCACAUCGUGCGCAAAGACAGUGCUCAGUCUGGCCAAGAGGAGCUGCGCACCGACUUACUCACUGUCACCGUUAAAGACGGCGCAGAGGAGCCUGUGGCCACCAAACCAGGAGAGAAGCUGCUGACUCUGAAGCAGCGCCUGCAGCUCGCCAUGGCCCAAAAGAGGCAGGAGGAGAGGGUGCGCAGAGCCGAGUUGAAUCGCCUCGACAACGAGGACUGUGGCGGCGACGAGGAGGAGGACGAGAUGACCGAUGAGUCUGAGGAGGAAGAGAACAUAGAUGACUUACUGGGAGGCAAUGGUGUUGACGAAGAAGAGAAGGACGAUGAGCAAGGCGGCGUAGCCCAGGGAAUCAGGAGUCAUUCUCCAGCACUGAACCAACCCUCUGACCUGAUUCAUACAGACGGUACACUCAUGCUGUUCCCCAGCAGCUCCUGCUCUCGCACCGGUGACGGCAUCAGGCGUUCUGGUCCCUCUGGACAGGACAGCAGCAGCAAUAAGGAAGAGGAUGACCAUCUGUACUUGGGGAAGGACAGCAGCUUUGAGCUGGCCGGGUCAAUGAUAACCUCCUACCAGCCUGUCAGUCACCAGCGCUCAGCGGGGAGGAGCACCUCCAACUACUCCAUCUUCCGUUCCCCUUCUCCAUUCAGGCCCAGCUUCCUCGGCUCUGCCUCCAAGAGCUCUGGAAAACUGUCGGAGCCGUCUCUCUGCCUCCCUGUUGAGGACUCCCAGGACCUGUAUGCGCCUGCCUCCCCAGGAGCAGAUUCGGGGCCCUCGGGCAGGGCAGCUUCUGGCCCCAGCCACGGAGGAGACUCCGUGGGUCGCUUCUCCCUGGAGGAUGACACCCACUCGCAGUUACUGGAUGCAGACGGCUUCCUCAAUGUGGGUCUGCGCUCCGCUAGGCCUCCCUCCCACAAGAGACAGCUGAUAAUGGACAGCCUGGAUGAGAAUGCAAUGGAUGCCAACAUGGGGGAGCUGUUGGGUCUCUGCUCUGGGGGCUUCGGGGCAGCGGAGAGCCUCUCCGGCGGAGGCGGUCCAAGAUGCCUCGAAGCGUCGCAGGAGAACGAGCUGAUCGGCUUGUGCUCAGGAGCGUUUCCACCGACGCAGGCAGGAGAGGAGCAGAGGGAGGAGUCGGAUAAUACUAUGGAUCAGCUGCUGGGCUUGUGCUCGGGGAGGUUUUCUAGUCCAGGUUCUGCUCACACAGCCUCGUCGGCACAAGACAGUAAAAAGCCAGAUGAAGAUCAACAACAACAACAACAAGAGGAGGAGGAGGAGGAGGUGGAAGAAGAAGACUGCGAUUUCCGUCUUCUGUCAGAUGUGGAAAGUCUCAGUGAACAGGAGGACGAGGACGAGGAUGGUGUAGAGGAAAACGGCGAGGAGGCUGACGAGGACAACGAUGUAGAAGAGGAGGAGAUGCAGGGAGUCUUUGCAUCACAGCAGGUUAAGAGGAAGAAGAAGAGAAAAAUGCGCCUGACAGACUACCUGGAGUCUGAGGCUGAGCUGUCCGGCAGCGACAUGGACGGCGACGACGAGGACGACGACCGAGGCAGCGAAUACGAGGAGGAGGAGCUCCUAGAGGAGCUUCCCUCUGACGAAGAGCUUCAGGACCAGGUCAACAAGAUCCACAUGAAGCAGAUAAUGGACGACGACAAGCGGCAACUAAGGCUCUACCAGGAGCGCUACCUCGCCGACGGCGAUCUGCACUCGGACGGCCCAGGACGAGCUCGCCGCUUCCGCUGGAAAAACAUUGAUGAUGGUUUCAAUGCGGACGGCACGGGGGCAGACGGCGAGCAAGAGGAGGAAGAUGAAGAGGUGGACCUGUCUGAGGUCCAAAGGAGGAAAGAGAGACUGGAGAGAGAACAGUGGCUCAGAGAACAGUCUGAGCAGAAAGCCAAGAAAGGAGAAGAUUUGGAUGCAGAGGAUGAGAAGAUCGGAGAGGAAGACAGUCGCUUUAUGAAGCUGGCCAAGAAACUGACCGCCAAGACUCUGCAGAGAAAAGAGCCCCUUGGGGGCCCACAGCCAGAGAAGGCGACACCGGCCCUCAACCCCUUCCAGAGACCAUCGCAGCCCCUACAGGUGAGGAGAGGAUCACUGCUGAGUCAGCCGCACUCGGUCCUCCAGAAGCUGGCUUCCAUCUCAGACGCGAAUCCUCUGGCACCCAGAAACGGCAGAGGCUUCCUGUUCCAAACUCUGUCCCCUGAGAAGGACAAGUCCAACUCGGACGCUCCCAAGACGAUGAAGAAAAGGGGGGCGGUGGAAGCAGUGAGCCCAGCAGCAAAGAGGGUUUGCAAGCAGGACAGACUGACGAGACCGACUGAAGGCCCCCAGAGGAGCGUCUUCAACUUCCUGGACCACUGAGGUUGCAUCACCACCAGUAGAAUGAUGAUGAUGAUGAUGAUGAUCAGCAGCCAAAAAGCAAGAAUUGUCCACCUGCAUUCAGGAUUUCACAAGCUAGCGAGACGUCUGAGGUGCCUCCUAGACGCUCCCGUCAUCACUUGUGAAAUACACAUAUUUGUGUGUUUACAUGUUUACGCUGCUUUAAAAUGGCAGGUUACACCAACAGAAGUGUGCCACACCUUACUUGACUUAAUCUGGACCUUGUGACGAAGGUCCAUUUAAAAAUGUUUUAUCAUGUAAAUAGGAUUGAUUUGUUUGUUUUUAAUGGUUAGGGUGUUUUUGUUGUUGUAUGAUGUGAUUUAAAUGUUUUUUACAUUGUAAAUAAAAUUGUAUUUUAA